UCUUGCCAACGAAAAGGAAUAACACCCAUUUUAAAAAUGCUUAAAUGCUUGUAUGUUUUGCUACUAGUUUUCGUUGGGACUGUAACCGCUAAUGAGGAAGAUGUCCAGGCAGAGUUAAAAUCGAAUUACCGCGAUAUUGAUGCUCAAGGACAUUUCACCUAUGGAUAUGAGGCAACCAAUGGAGUGGAAGCUAAAGUACAGGGCGAUGUCAAUGGAAUUCGAGGUGAAUAUUUCCUUCCCGGUGAAAAUAAUGAACGAGUAUCUUACAUAGCCGAUUCCAGCGGUUGCCAUAACUAAGCUCCGCAAUAAAAUACAAGACUGUUAUUUGGUACACAGGAUCACAUUAAGGAGGGGCAUCUACAGUUAAAAAUAUUUUUAAAAAGUGGGCGUGGUCACGCUCCCUAAUACGUUUAAUGCACAUUCUCUUCUCCUAAACCGCUAAAACUAUAAUAACAAAAUUCACUGGAAGCAAACACGCCAGAGACAUUAA